CGGAUACAUCAUAUCCAAGAAUAUGGCUUCCAAAUCAAUAUUGGUCUUCUUCAUGAUCAUCACCAUCUUCAUACUUGGGAUUAAAGGGCAAAGCUCGAAAAGCUCACAAGGAUGGAUAAGAGCUGGUUACUGGGAGUCUCUAGGUCCCCUCCCUGUCCACGAGAUAAACUCCCCUCUCUUCACUCAUCUCUUCUACGGUUUCGCUUUCGUAAACCCAACCACCUUCCAACUCUUCUUCAACUCGUCAAACAAACAAUCCUUCAUCGACUUCACCGCCACCGUAAAGCGCAGAAACCCAUCCAUCAUCACCAUUCUCUCCGUCUGGUUUGCAAGAAACGAAGCGAAAGACUUUUGGUCAAUGGUCAAAGACACAUCACAUAGAAAAUCCUUCAUAGAGUCUUCUCUGAAAACCGCCCGGCUUUACGGCUUCCAUGGCCUCGACCUCUUCGGGGUCAUGCCGCCGCCGGAAAACGGCAGCAGCGCCGCCGACAUGGCGUCUUUCUUGGACGAGUGGCGAGCCGAGGUAGUCUCCGAGGGGGCCGGGAAAGAGCAGCUGUUGCUGACCAUGCUGGCUCACCACAAGCCGGCGGUCAAUGAGUCAUCCGGGAGUUACCCCGUUGACUCUAUGAAGAGAAGCUUGGAUUGGAUAAGCAUCCAAGCGUUUGACUAUUACGUGCCGACAGUUGACCGGUUGACCGGCUUCCAUGCAGCUUUAUAUUCCCCUGAUCAUAAGGGCAGUCGUCCUAAUUCAUCAUCAAGAAUGGCUAACACCGAUGAUGGUUUGAGGGCAUGGCUUUCGGUAGGGUAUAGUCCUGGGAAAAUGGUUUUGGGGUUGCCCUACCAUGGGUAUAUUUGGACCCUUGACUCGAAUGACAGUGACAUUGGUUCACCAGCUUGGGGGUUGUCUUCCACGGCUGAUAGUGACAUGGGCUAUAAAUCCAUCGUCUCCUUCAUUCAGAAUUACGGGUAUGGGGCUAAACCGGUGUAUAAUUCGAGUUAUGUGGCCAACUCUUUCACACUGGGGGACACGUGGAUCAACUAUGAUGACGUGGAUGCCGUUCAAACUAAGGUUUCCUAUGCCAAGUCUAAGGGUCUCCUUGGUUACAACGCGUUUCAAAUCGCCAACGAUUAUAAUUGGGCCCUUUCUCAAGCCGCCGCUGAUAUGAGCGACACCAAGCGGCAGAGGAAGAAGAAAGGGAAGUUAUGGGUCAUUGCUCCGGUUAUACUUGCUGCACUUAUUCUCAUAUGGACUAUCUUUUGUUACGUCCAAAGGGAAAUAUUUAUAUCAAAAGGGCAUUUGGGAAAAGUAAGAUCUUGGAUAACAAGAACAAAAAUCUCACACGUAGGGGGAUUGAAUUCUUCUUCUUCUCCUAAUCUGCAAGUUUUCAGGUUUAGUAGCAUCAAAGCUGCCACAAAAAACUUUGCAAGUGAGAACAUGAUUGGCCACGGUGGAUAUGGACCUGUCUACAAGACAGGGUAAGUUACGAAAGGGGGAGGAAAUAGCAGUGAAGAGACUCUCAAAGAGCUCAAGCCAAGGGAUUGAAGAGUUCGAGAAUGAGGUCACUCUUACUGCUAGCCUUCAACAUGUGAAUCUACUUCGAGUCAUUGGAAUUUGCACCGAGAGGGAGGAAAAAAUGCUCAUUUAUGAGUUCAUGCCUAACAAAAGUCUUGAUUUCUACCUCUACACUGAUCAAGCAAAGGAGGAUUUGUUAGAUUGGAGAAAACGUGUUUCAAUAAUUGAAGGUCUCGUUCAAGGGCUUCUAUAUCUCCACGAGUACUCAAAUUUCACUAUAAUUCAUCGAGAUAUUAAGGCAAGCAACAUUUUACUAGAUGAGGACAUGAACCCAAAAAUUUCAGAUUUUGGAAUGGCCAAAUCUUUCAAAAAGGAUGGUCUUGAAGCCUACACCGCCAGAAUUGUUGGAACUUAUGGCUAUGUUCCUCCUGAAUAUGUGAAGAAAGGAACAUACUCUUUGAAGUACGACGUUUAUAGUUUUGGAGUUGUGCUUCUCCAAAUUAUAAGUGGGAAGAGAACUUCUGGGUUUUAUGGGUGCAAUGAAUUAAAUCUUCUUGAAUAUGCAUACGAACUGUGGAAGCAAGGGGAAGCGACAGAAUUUUUCGAUGCAUCGUUGGAUGAUUCUUGUACGGAAUGUAAGAUGUUCAGAUGUAUGCAAGUGGGACUGUUGUGUGUGCAGGAAGAUGCAGGAGAUAGGCCAUCAAUGGUGGAAGUUUUUGCACUUCUAAAGAAUGAGAAUGGUGUUGCAAUAUCUACUAUACCCAAGAAGCCCGCCUUUUCAGUAACUUCAAGGGAUGAAAGAAGCCUAGAUGAUGAUAAUGGCAGUAAUGAGAAAAUAUUUUCAGUCAAUCUUACUACCAUAACCCAACUGGUACCUCGCUAAAUUAGGGACACUUCAAUAGUUCAAUUCAUGUAUUGAUUCGGAUAUAGAGUUUUUAAAGAGCAUUGGAAUUGUAUAGUUUUGUAACAAAUCUGACUAUUGGAGGUAAAAGCUAUACUUUUACUGCUUUGGCAAGCUUUUUCUUUCUUUGAAAGUGAAAAUUUGAGUGACUUUAUCCAUAUUGUGGGGUAAAUAAAUUAUUUUCAUAUUGA